UACUCGCGUUAGUAGCACUGUGAUGCUUCCAUUUUUAAUACUAAAUCAUCCGGUUGGGUCGAGUUAUCCAGGUUUCUGUUAAUGUAUAGUAACAUUAUAUGCUGGUAACUUACAUGCAAACAAAUGCGUCUAAACCUUUCUUCAAUGAGUGAAACGAAACUAUGAUAUCCAGGAAAUGAAACUUACCAAGGUACAUAAAUCCUCUAGGAGCUUAGGAUUCAUUUUACCGGUAAAGAAACAGCAGCAGUGCAGCAUCAGGAGCGCACGACAGACAGCCUGACGGAUCGACGUGAAGGAUUUCCUUUUUGCUUUCUGACAUUUUGACGUUGUUUAAGGAUGGAGAAAAUGAGUUACACGUUCAGUCAGCACUAUGAGGAAAAAAUCCGCCCUUGCAUCGACACUAUCGACAAUUUGCGGUCUUUGGGAGUCGAAAAGGACCUGGCGUUGCCUGCCAUCGCCGUCAUUGGAGACCAAAGCUCAGGAAAGAGUUCUGUUCUGGAGGCGCUGUCGGGAGUAGCGUUACCCAGGGGCAGUGGAAUUGUUACACGAUGCCCUCUUGAACUCAAGAUGAUAAGAACUAACGGCGAAGGGAAAUGGCAUGCAAAAAUCAGUUACCAAGACUAUGAGGAAGACAUUGAUGACCCAGCAGAAGUGGAGAAAAAGAUUCGUGAAGCCCAGGAUGAGAUGGCUGGAGCAGGUGUUGGUAUUAGUGAUGAACUCAUCAGUCUGCAGAUCACCUCUUCCAAUGUUCCUGACCUCACUCUCAUCGACCUCCCCGGGAUCGCUCGAGUGGCAGUCAAGGGUCAACCUGAGAAUAUUGGAGAUCAGAUUAAGAGACUGAUCAGGAAGUUUGUUACAAAACAAGAAACCAUUAACCUGGUUGUGGUGCCAUGCAAUGUUGACAUCGCGACCACAGAAGCAUUGCAGAUGGCUCAGGCGGAGGACCCUGAGGGCGAAAGGACUUUAGGCAUCUUAACAAAACCGGACCUGGUGGACAAGGGCACUGAAGGGACAGUGGUAGACAUUGUGCACAAUGAGGUCAUUCACCUUACUAAAGGCUACAUGAUUGUAAGGUGCAGGGGACAAAAAGAGAUUAUAGAUCAGGUCACUCUUAAUGAGGCCACAGAAACAGAGAACGCCUUCUUCAAAGACCAUCCUCAAUUCAGCAAACUCUAUGAAGAAGGUUUCGCUACUAUUCCCAAGUUGGCUGAGAAACUAACAAUUGAAUUGGUUCAUCACAUUCAGAAAUCCCUGCCUCGUUUAGAAGAGCAAAUUGAGACAAAACUCGCAGAAACACAGAAGGAACUGGAGGCGUAUGGAAACGGACCCCCAUCAGACACUGCAGAAAGACUGAGCUUUCUCAUCGAUAAAGUUACAGCUUUCACUCAUGAUAUGUUCAACCUGACCACUGGGGAGGAAUUAAAGUGUUCUUCAGAUCUACUGGUUUUUCCAGAACUUCGGGAAGAAUUUUUAAAAUGGAAUGGCUGCUUGGAGCGUUCAGGAUAUUCCUUCAACAAGAAGAUUGAGAGAGAGGUUGAUAACUAUGAAGCAAAGUAUCGGGGAAGAGAGCUUCCAGGGUUCAUCAAUUACAAGACCUUUGAGGGGCUUGUCAGGGAACAGAUCAAGCUGUUGGAGGAACCUGCGUUAAAGACACUGAAGACUGUCUCUGAUGUGGUUAGAAAGAAGUUCAUCCAGCUGGCCCAGUGCAGCUUCAUUGGAUUCCCUAAUCUUCUGAAAAUCGCAAAGACUAAGAUCGAAGCCAUCAAGCAGGAUAAAGAAUCCCGGGCUGAGUCCAUGCUGAGGACCCAAUUCAAGAUGGAGCUCAUUGUUUACAGUCAAGACGGCACAUACAGCCAGAGCCUGCAACAUGCAAAGGAUAAACUGGAAGAGAUAGAAAAUGACAAGCCCCAAUUUAAAGCUAAAAAGAUGAAUUUUGUGAGUGUAGACAAUAGCACAGGCACACAUGCCACCUUGCGUGAGAUGAGGUUGCACCUUGAGUCCUACUACACGAUUGCAAGCAAGCGUCUAGCUGACCAGAUCCCAAUGGUGAUCCGCUAUCUGCUGCUCCAGGAAGCAGCUUUGGAGCUGCAAAGGAACAUGUUGCAGUUGCUGCAAGAUAAAGAUGAAGUAGACAAUCUGCUAAAAGAAGACUUUGACAUUGGCCAAAAGCGGGAGAGCUUACUGAGUCGCCAGAAACGUCUAAUGAAAGCACGCAGCCUCUUGGUUACCUUUUAGAAUUCACUUUAUAAUAUGGUCGAUUGCAACAAUUUUAAUGCAACAAAAUCAUAUGCUGGUAGUGAAGAAUAUGAGCAGCUUUAGCAGCAAAGAAAACAUGAAGUAGAAAUUGAACACUUCAUGAAGAAACAUAGGUGGCAUUUUCCUCCAUUUCAAUCUUGUAAUAAUAUAGUUAUUUGUGAAGAAGCUACUUUUAGCCUUUGAAGUGCCUUUUUAUGCAAUACUUUUGUACCAAGCAGAUCUCGCCCCCCAUUGACUACCAGAGUAUUUUUUUUUUUUCAUAUAUUCUUCCAAAUAUCUUUCUUUGUGUACAGUAGAACAAAUAAAUUUAUACAUGUUUGGAACAACUUAAGGGUGUAAAUGACAUAAUUUUCAUUUUUGGGUGAACUAUCCCUUUAAGAUUAUCUAUUGGUGAAGAGCCUCCAUAUUUAAUAAUUUAUUUCAAUGCUUAGGCCUACAUUCUAUAUUUAUUUCUUAGGUCAUAUAAAGUGUAGGCAUAAACGAGGACAGGAAUAUGUGUGCAUGAUUGCAUUUGAGGGUGUGUGUGCUUGUGUAUGUAUUUGUGCUCAUGUAUACUGCUUUUGAUAGUUUUAAAUAAAAGUUAGGCAUUUUUAAAUGAAUAAAAUGAGUUUCCAGAUAUAGAAUUCUAUGUUUUUAAAAUGUCUUCUCUACUGUUAUUUAACAUUCCAAGACUUCUGAUGCAAAAGCCUCUAAAAGCCAAAUCUGUCAAAAAUGAGACAUCUAUACGUUCAUCAAAUACUUUAACUUCAAACCCGCUAAAUCCCAGCCUCAUCCCAUUCAGAAGUACUAGUACUUAAAUAGAAACCUACACACAGGAGCCUGAUAAAAAUGUUAAUUUCAAAGAAAAAUGUCAGCCAACAGAGACUUUUUAAGUGUUCUUAUUUGUAUUCAUACAUUUGCUCUUAGGAAAUGUUUUAAAAACAUGUUUUUUUUCAGGCCAAGCAAUGAUUUCUAUUGAAUUGCUUUUUAUAUCAUUGAUGUGCUGAUGUACAGAUAUGAACUCCCUCAAAAUAAAAUAUAUUGGGAAAGAAAAAAA